AUGGAUAAGACCCAAUACAAGGAACUAGCGGACACAUUACUACAGGAUGAACAGUACUACAAACAACUUCCCAGAGAUCCCACCACGUCGAUGCAGAAUAGGUGCAACGCAGUGAUCAAGAGUUUGCUCCCUGACAACUACAUCAUAAUUAGUUUGGACGUCAUAUCACUGUUCAACAACAUAUACUUAGACCUUGCGGUUUCAGCAAUAGAGAGUAAAUGGCAACUUAUAAACAACCAUACAUCCAUACCGAAGGAAGAAUUCUUGAACAUAAUCAAUUUCCUGUUCACAUCUAACUAUUUUGUGUUCGAUGGCAUCUUCUACUUACAAAUUCUCGGCUCACCCAUGGGCUCCAACUCCAGCUCCCCAAUUGCAGACAUAGUUAUGGACUUCAUUUUGGACAACGUACUUUCUGAUGUUCCUUUUCACAUCCCCUUCAUCAAGAAAUAUGUGGAUGACAUUAUCUGCGCCGUGCCUGAGGAACAGCGGGCUGUGCAAUACUGCGGAUUCGUGUGGGGCUCUCACCCACCAAAACCCCCUCCUCAACAACGAAGUCGAGGUCUCAGGGACGCUGACCUGUACGACUAA